CUCUGACCCCCUUCAUUCUCCUCGCCUUUCCCCCAAGGAUGGCGUCCCGCACGACAAGUUCGCUGCUCUCCCAAGCGCUCCUCUUGCUCUUCGCCUUUUCGUCGCUCGCCGUCGCUCGGCAAAUCCCUGCCAAUGCAAGCGAUAUAAAUCCUUUCACGGAUCCCAAGGAUGACCCGUUCAAUCCUCUGGGAUACAUCACGAGUAAUGGGUUGACGGCCAUGGCUGUUGCUAUCACACUUGCAAUCGCUCUGCCACAAACAUGGUUUACAUGGAGAAUAGGCGGGCGGUUCAUGCUUGCUAUGGUCAUCGCAGAAUACACCUAUACGCUAGGUAUCGCCUUCCGCUUUGGCCUCCACACAAACCCGGACAGCAACGCAUUUUACAUCCUCUACUACCUCUUCGUCACUCUCUCCCCAUGCGGCUUCAUUGCCGCUGAAUAUGUCCUGCUCGGCCGCAUGGCCCGUUGGCUGGGGGCAAACAACCACGUUCUGAUCCCUCCGCGCAGGAUUACGCUCGUGUUCGUCUGCUCGGAUGUGGCCACGUUCCUGACACAGGCCGCGGGAGGCUCGAUAUCCGCAUCUGCGCACACCAACCCCAGCAAGGCACAGGCCGGCUCGAGGGUCUUCCUCGUCGGCCUCGUCCUGCAACUCGUGUCUUUCGCCAUCUUCAUGUGCGUCUACACACGCUUCAUAUACCGCGUGCGCAAGUACCAGCCCGAGGUCUGGACGCGUGACCGCGGCAUGAAGUGGUACAAGGACUGGCGCGCACUCGCGAGCGCCAUGUGGUUGAGCUGCGUCGGCAUCCUCAUCCGUUCCGUCUAUCGCACGAUCGAGCUCUCCGAGGGCUUCGACGGCUUCUUGACGCGCACGGAGGUCUACUUCUUCGCGCUCGACUUUGUACCGCUCGUCCUCGCCCUCGUGUGCUACAUCCCCUUCUGGCCCGGGCGGUUUAUUCCCGCCAACGCCGCGCUGCCCGAGGCGUCGCCUCGUCAGCCGAGCACAGAUGGCACACUCCCGGACAAGACGCCAGAUCUCAGGGAGAAGGAAGACGAGAAGGUGUGAUGCUGCUUGGAUUGUCUGUUCGUCAUCGCGCGUAUUUGUUAUUCGUCAUGAUAUUUUCCUCUCCUUUCCUGUCCUUCGUAGAGAUAGACAUUUGCAUUCGUUUCGGGAGGUUGACUGUGUUCCAUCAAAGACUAUCAGGCGUACUGUAGACAGAAUGACGUAUUAUACUUGUUCGAGAUGUGCGCAUGCAAGGCCGCAGAAUUUUGAGUAGAGUCCUCUGGGGCACAUUGAUUUCGUCCGACGAAAGAUUACAGCUCCUGCAGAAAUGCUGCCAGACCACCGCCUGCCGCCUUCUUCUCCUGCUCCUGGCGCUCUCUAUUCCGAGCCAACAUGUCCUGGAGGCCCGUCUGCUUCUUUGGUCGCGACCUGGUACGAGCAUCGGCUGCGCCUCGCGCAAGGGCGGGAGAAAGCUUAAACGAGGUGGAUGCUUUGGAGGAAGGAUCAGACGACAGCGGAGGUGCAAGCGCGGAGACGGGAGCUCGAGAAGGCUGGCAGCUCAGUGCCGCAGUUGGCGUCUGGGAGAGCUGUCUCGAGGGUGCAAGAGAAGAGGGACGCGACGGCGCGGCGAUUGGUGUGUGUGCAGGAGAAGGCCGAGCUGAAUCAAUCUUCGUUUGACCUUGCGGCCCUGGCGACGUUCUCACAAGAGCAGCGGCACUUCUCUGGGUCGCGUGCUGAGCUGUAAGAUCUGUCUUCUCCAAUGGCAGGUCCUCAUCGCACCCACACAUGCCACACGUCCUAUGAAGGACCCGCACGUAGGGUCGUGUGCCUUUUGCACUCUUUCUCUUCCCUCUCAAAGCCUUGCGAACUGUCCGAAUGGACCCUGUGCCGUCCAAAAGAUAUGCCCCGCACUUUGUGCAGUUCGUAGCCCUCAAAACGUCAGUCUCGGGCCCGGGAUGGAGGAGGAGCCGUGCUCUGGUAGAAUGGAAGGCGGCCAGAGCAGGAGAGACGGGCUGGAGCAUGGAAGGGAGCUGAA